GAGGAGCCUCCGGUCGGGGCCGCGUCGGCGAGCGGGGACGGGAGCCGCCGCCAUGGGGAGUCUGCGGGCGGUGGGCCGCUGGCUGCGGAGGGCGGCGGUGGCGGCCGGUCCCCACCCCGGGCUGCGGCGGGGACUUGGUCUGGCCCGAGGAGCGGCCCAGGAACCACUGACCCUCCGCACCCAGCGGGGCGGCGUUAGGAACAUUGUGCUGAAUAACCCAAAGAAACGGAAUGCCCUCUCAUUGGCUAUGCUGGAAUCCCUGCACGCAGACCUCCUUCACGAAGUAGAAAGCAACGAUCUCCGAGUUAUAGUUAUUUCAGCUGAAGGACCUGUGUUUUCAUCUGGCCAUGAUCUUCAGGAGCUGACCUCAACACAAGGAGGGGAUCAUCAUGUCCGGGUUUUUACAUUCUGCAGUGAGGUGAUGACCCUACUUCAGGAGAUCCCGGUGCCGGUCAUUGCUAAGGUUAACGGGCUGGCCACAGCAGCUGGCUGCCAACUGGUGGCAAGUUGUGACAUUGCCGUGGUGUCAGACAGGUCAAAGUUUGCCACACCGGGAGUCAACGUCGGACUGUUCUGCUCUACCCCGGCCGUGGCAUUGGGGCGGUCGGUGCCUCGGAAGGUUGCCUUAGAAAUGCUGUUCACCGGAGAGCCCAUUUCUGCCCAGGAGGCACUACAGCACGGGCUGGUAAGCAGAGUGGUGCCCGAGGACAAGCUGGACGAAGAGACCAUGAAGAUUGCCCACAGAAUCUGUGACACCAGCAGGUCUGUGGUUGCACUGGGGAAAGCUACGUUCUACAAGCAAAUGGCUCAGGAUCGAAACAAGGCAUAUCAGAUUGCUUCGCAAGUCAUGGUGCAGAACUUAGCACUGAAAGAUGGGCAGGAAGGGAUCGAAGCCUUCCUACAGAAGAAGAAACCGGUCUGGUCACAUUCUACGGAAUAAGCACGAAUAAGCUUGUUUGUUAUUUAAGUACAUGCAGUGAUCUGUUAACUAUUUAACACCAAGGUUCAGAAUCAUAAUCAGGUUUAUUAUCACUGA